AUGGACCCUGAUACAACAAAACCUAAAUUAAUAAUAUUUAAUGAUGACGAUGAUGAUGACGAUGAGAAGGGAAAUGAUAUUAGUAAUGAUACAACUAUAUUUCCAGAGCUCCCUAUAAUUAAUGGUAUAACAUUAGAUGAAACUAUUGGACAAGGUGCAUUUGGUUGUGUGACAAGUGCACAUUCAACAAAGAAACCAUCAAUGAUAUUUGCAAUAAAAUUUAUUCAUUUACCAACAAUUGAAUCAAAAGGUUUACAAAAAAAUGAUACAUUUAAUGAAAUUAAAUUACAUAUGAAAUGUUCAAAACAUCCUAAUAUUUUAAAAUUAAUAGAUUGUCAAAUGGAAGAUCAGUUUAUUUGUAUUUUUUUAGAGUUAGCUAAUGGUGGUGAUCUAUUUGAUAAAAUUGAACCUGAUAUUGGUGUUGAUACAGAAAUUGCCCAAUUUUAUUUUAAACAAUUAGUCAAUGCAAUUUUUUAUUUACAUAAUGAAUGUGGUAUCGCUCAUAGAGAUAUUAAACCUGAAAAUAUUUUAUUAGAUAAGGAUGGAAAUUUAAAAUUAGCAGAUUUUGGUUUAGCGUCAAAAUUUAAAAGAAAAGAUGGUUCAAAAAAAGUUUCAAAGGAUAAAAGAGGUUCAUAUCCAUAUAUGGCGCCUGAAAUUUUAAGUUCUGAUAUUCCUUUAUAUUAUGCAGAUGUUACGGAUGUAUGGUCUAUUGGGAUUCUUGUAUUUGUAUUAUUAACAGGUGAAAUUCCAUGGGAAAUACCAACAAAGGAAGAUAAUAAUUUUAUUAACUUCAUUAAAAAUAAAGGUAAUUUAAAUUUAGGCCCAUGGUCAAAAAUUGAAUUUAAUCAUUUAAAUUUAUUAAGAAAACUUUUACAGCCAUUACCUGAACAAAGAGUAACAAUUAAUCAAUUAAAAUUACAUCCAUGGUAUAAUAAAAAAAUUAAUUUUGCAAAUUCUUCGGGAUUAUGUAAUAAUCCAGGUUUAUUAGCUCAAAAAUUAUAUUCGAAUUUAAAAGUUUCUUUAUCUGAUGAAAGUUAUGAUUUAUUUACGCAAAAUGUAACAAACCGAGAUAAUAUAACAAAUUUUGCAUCAACUCAACCAUUAAAUACUGAUAUGAUUAAUAUUAAACAUGAUUCUUCAACAGAAGAUAAUAUUUUACCAAAUACUCAAAUUACUGCAUUUUCUCAAUACAUUCCAAGAACAACUACAUAUAGUAUGGAUUCUCAAUUAAAUACUAAUGAUAAUGAUAAUAGAAUUACAAAAUUAGAGAAAUGGAAAACUUUUAUUAAUAAUGAUAUUGCCAUGUUACAAUUUAAUCCGCAUUCUAAUAUAGAACGAUAUAAGACUUCUAAAUUUAAUCCUAUUAAAUUAGAUAAAUUUUAUACUAUCGUUGACAUGCAAUUACUUGUCUCUACUCUACAAAAAGCAUUUAAUGUUAGAAAUAUUGUCACCAAAUCAAAUAUUGUUGACACUUUUGAAGCUUUAGUAGAAGAAUAUGGUAUGGAUAAAGUUUUCCCUCUAAACAUUACCAUUAAGACUAAGGAUAGAAUGAAAAGUACAUUAGCUGGUUCUAUUAAUAUAACACAGAUUGAUAGUGAUUUAAAAUGUCUUAAUUUUCAGAGAAAAUCCGGUGAUCCGCUAGAAUGGAGAAGAUUAUUUAAAAAUAUUACAUUGUUUUGUAGGGAUCUAAUUUUUAUGCCGAAUAAUGACUAA